GAAACGCCGAAAUUGAAGGCAAAAGCUACCGAAAAAAAAAAAUGAUCUCUUCCAAACCCUAAACCGACACAGAUGUUCAUUUUCUCCUCACGCCGCUUGAUUUGUGUCCCUACGGAAACGUUCAGAACACGUGCAUCUACCCGCCGAUUUAGAGUGGCGACCCCGUCGAGAAGAGACAAUGGCGGACUCUUGACCGUUUGUCGCCUCCUCUUGCCGAUUCCCUGCUCUUACUCGCCUUCGAGUAUGUUUUUGUAAUUAACUUAGGAAUUCGAUCUUUUUUUUAUAUUUAUUUAUUUUGAGGUUGACGACGAUACCGAUCUUGCAUUGGGCGUUGGCUUUUGUUGUUUCGGUGGCGAGAAGGAUUGUCGGAGGGGGAAAGCGCGGUGAUGAGGAGCAUACCUUGAUGGCGGCAAGAGGCCGCAGGUCGGAGUCCCGCGACGGGUGCUGUAUUUUGUUGGUGGGGUUUCUGAUUGGGUUGACUCGCUUGGUCGGCUGUGUUGGAAUUUGCCAAAAAAAUUGUGAACUAUUUAUGUGAUAAUAGCAAAUCAAUAUUAUCAUUUCUGUUUUCAAUUGUUUUGAAGGGUUGUAUAUCAAUUACCAGUCUGCAUUUGCUCAGCGCGUGUGGAUUGUGAGAAACUAUAAGGAGAAUGUAUCCAGGGUGCCAUCCGUUGUGCUUGGCUCGCAAGCAGUGGAGGUUGUCAGACGUGAUUGGUGGCGUCGGGACAAGCGAUGGAUAGCCCUGCUGAACAGUGUCGACUAGAGGUAUGGUGGGCGGCUUGGCCCAAUCCGGCUGCAGCGUGUUGACGAUGUUGGACUAUAAUUGGGCGACUUCUUCGUCAAAGCCCCGCGUGGCAGACGACAGUCCUGCUGAAGCUACUCCCAUCAAGAACACCCACGGGAACUACGCCAGCUCCUUCACCCAUGGCAAAAAGCGGACGGUUCCCUCACGCGGGAUCCAGAACGCUUUGAGGCUGGUGCUGCGUGGGGAUUUGUGCUUUUGUAAUGUUUUAGGAGGUCCUCAAACAAAUAAUACUAGAAGAACUAAUACGAGUAGCAAUGCGAGAUCACCUUCAAGUGUUGGAUUAGAGAUUCAAGAAGCACAUAAUCAACAACUUCAGCAGGAUGUAGCUCAGAUUCGCCGCAUGGUGAACUCAUCAAUGAGAGUGUAA